CAAAAUUCUUGAUUUGGGAAGCUGUGGGAGAACCCAACCCUUGUGGAUUUUCUCGUCCAUCGUCUGCUUUUCUCUUUGCGACGCCAUUGCUUCACCAGUCGAUAAACCCUAACUCCAGUCUUUCAGAUGGGAAGCGCUAGAUCAGACCCAGAUCUUGAUGAUGACUUCAGUGAAAUUUACAAGGAGUAUACAGGUCCACCUGGUAGUGCAAACAACAAUGCUCAAGAUAAGGAAAAAUCCCACAAAAGGUCUCUUGGUGGUCCUGAUGAGGAAGAGCAACUGCCUGACCCCAAUGCUGUACCGACUGAUUUCACCAGCCGAGAGGCGAAGGUUUGGGAAGCUAAAUCAAAAGCAACUGAGAGGAAUUGGAAGAAGAGGAAGGAAGAAGAGUUUAUCUGUAAAAUAUGUGGGGAAUCAGGUCAUUUUACUCAGGGUUGCCCAUCAACUCUUGGUGCAAACAGAAAAUCUCAAGAUUUCUUUGAGAGGAUACCUGCUAGGGACAAACACGUGCGGGCAUUGUUCUCUGAGAAAGUCAUGGAAAAGAUUGAGAGGGACACCGGUUGCAAGAUAAAAAUGGAUGAGAAGUUUGUAAUAGUUAGUGGCAAGGAUAGAUUAAUCUUGAGGAAAGGUGUAGAUGCUGUUCACAGGGUUAAGGAGGAAGGCGAGCAUAGGGGUUCAUCUGUUUCUCACAGGAGCAGAUCCAGGUCCCCUAGGCGGAGUCCUGUUGGUCCACGUGCUCGAAAUUCAGAACCUCAGAGACCACAAUUGGGAUCACAUGGUUCAUCCAGUUUUCCAGAGCGCCCCGGAAGGCAAGAUAAGUUUGUGGAGAACCAUGUUCGUAAGGAUCAGCAGGAACUUUCCCGGGGAUCUCCACGAGCUUAUGGUAGUGACAGAGCUCAGAGCCGCUCGAACCAUUCUAAAUCUCCUGGAAAGCCCCGAUAUAGUGGAUGGGAUAAGCCUUAUGGUAGGCCAAAGCCGGAUAUGAAUGGUUAUAGAACUGACAGAUGGGAUCAUGAGAGACGGGGCUCUGAUAUUCAGUUAAGUCAUCAGCUUGAACGACCCUCUUUCCCGCAGACAUUAGAAGAGCUAGAGCUGGAAUAUAAGAGAGAGGCAAUGGAGCUGGAAAGGGUUCGUGAUAAGGACGAAGAGGAGGAGAAUAACAAGCAUCGUGAGGCGAUCCGGGAAAUGAGAGAAAGCUACACGAAGAAAUUGGCUGUGCUAAGGGAAAUGAAUGGAAAACAAUGGGAAGAGUUCCUUCAAGUUGAUGCUCAGAGGCGUCGUCAGCAAAUGUCAGCCUUGAGUUAUGGUAGUUAUAGACAGUUACCUUAUGCCGAGUUUGAGGGUUACUCUCCCUAUGGUGGAAGCAAUUUGCCUACAGAUUCCAAGAACAGGUAUCCAAACCAUGUGGAGAACUAUCCUCCGAUGCAGCAUCACGAAAAUUAUGGUGGUUUUCAACGCCAGAGACGUGAAGACUAUUAUGGGAAACACUAUAAUCGUUAUUAGACCCCACUCCAAGUCUGUGUUUGGUAAGUUAGUUGUUUCUCCUUGUCUUGAAGAAGACAAAAUCUGCUGUUGUUCUUGUUAUUGGAAGCUUCACUCUCUAUCUAGGGCUGAUAUACAGAUACAAAUGUAGCAGAAGAUUUGCCAUUGUUUCUGUCUUUUGUGCUUUGGCCUAAAAGCUUGUUCAGGGUCUGCUCUGC